CUACUGCUACUAUGGUCACAUUACAGCAGGGAAGUCGAGUUUAAGCAAUAGUUGAAUAAAAAUACAAUAAUGGAUCAGCCUCCAUUGCCGCCGCCACAAGAAUAUUCUACGCUACCUCCGCCUCCGCCGCCUCCACCUCCGGACACGGAACACCUAUUGCCACCUGGCGUACAAGAUGACGGACCACCCGGCACAAGUGAUGUACCAAUUGCAGCCAGCAAUCAAUUCAAUUACGAGCAGCAUCCGUCGAGUGUCAAUAAUUUAAAUGACGAUCACAGUUCCUAUGCUAAUUAUAUGAAAUAUGCUGCACCACACUCCGCAUGCCCACAGCAGUCACAACCAUACGCAGCAAAUUCAGGCCCACAUUCAUAUAAUCCGUACUACUACCAUGAAGGCUAUGCUGGACACACAAACUACGCUCAUCCAUCGGCUGGCGCAUAUGAUUAUGACCAGUAUGGACAGAGCACGCACACGUAUAAUUAUCAGGAACGCAAUCGGUACGAACACAAUUCCAAUUAUCGAUUAGUCGAUCAAAGGUAUGCGGGUUAUAACCACAGCUACCCGAAUAACUACGGUGGAGGCUAUAAUUACAACAACAACAACAACAGUCGCUAUGAGCACCACUAUCACAAUCCGCGACAGGCACGUACCGGCUCCUAUCCAUAUGCACGCAAGACAACAUCGGUCAAUGAGGACACACGCAGCUAUAGCAAGCGGAGUGAAUCCGAUGCGUAUGCUCCAAAGAUAGAAACAGAGCGCGAUCGUGUACUGCGUCAGUAUUGUGCCAAUUAUUGCGAAAAGUCCGAGGAUUAUAUUAAGAAAAUCAAGGCACUCAACGAGGCUGAAGCGCCAGCUGAGACCUGGGUGCGUUCCUCGCCCGCUGAGCUUUACUACGAGCGCACCAAGACGGAGCACGAGGUUAAGGCCAAGACACGUCUCCACAAACUGUGCGCCCUCUUUGAUGAUGAGCUCAUCCAGCGUGCUGUACGAGAGCGUCAGAAUUUGCCCGCUUAUGAGCCGCCGCCACGCAAGACACGACGACGCGCCUGCAAGCACAAGCACAAGUCGGAGGCAUGCUCCUCGAGCUCUGAUUCCGACUCGGAUGAGGAUGCCUUCAAGAUUGAGCAAGACUGCUGCAUGGAGGAGUUGUCGCGCAAGGUGCUCCAUCCGCAGCGCGUCCAUCCCGACCUGUGGCACAACGACGCUGGUGAGAUGAACGAUGGUCCGCUGUGCCGUUGCUCGGCGAAGUCGCGACGCAUCGGCAUACGGCAUGGCAUCUAUCCGGGCGAGAAGGGAUAUCUGGUGUGCGAUAAGGAUACGAAUAACGCAGCUAAUUUGUAUCAUUAUCGCAUCACCAUUUCACCGCCCACAAACUUUCUGACCAAGACGCCCACAAUUAUCAAGCACGACGAGCAUGAGUUUCUCUUCGAGGGAUUCUCGCUGCUGUCGCAUGUGCGCCUCACCGAUCUGCCUGUGUGCAAGGUGAUUCGCUUCAACAUCGAGUACACCAUCGAAUACGAUGAGGAGAAGAUGCCCGAGAACUUUACCAUACGUGAACUGGAUUUGUUCUUUAAAUACCUGUUCCAUGAGCUGCUGGAGCUUGUCGACUUCAAUCUGAUACCGAAUGGAUCGGCAAACGCUGAUGAUUCCUGUCCAGCCUUUCAUUUUCUGCCUCGUUUUGUGCGCGAGCUGCCCGACAAUGGCAAAGAAGUGCUGGCCAUGUGCGAGGUUCUCAAGUAUUUGCUGGACAACUCCGCUGAGCUGGUCGAACGUCAGCAGUUGCUCCACUUAAAUCAGAUCAGUACGCAUGAGUGGCAAAAAUAUGUGGACAUUAUCAAGGGCAUGCUGGUGACGAAGCCGGGCCACAAGCCGUGUUCGCUGCGCGUCGAUCAGUUGGAUCGAAACAAUUCGGAUUUGCCAGUGUGCUUGGAUCGGGAGACGGGUAUCUCACAUCCGGCGAUUGUACACUUCGGCAUCCGUCCGCCACAGCUGAGCUAUGCGGGCAAUCCCGAGUAUCAGAAGGCGUGGCGUGAAUAUGUCAAGUUCCGUCAUCUAAUGGCCAACAUGUCGAAGCCAUCGUUCAAGGACAAACGCAAGCUGGAGGACAAGGAGCAGCGAUUGCAGGAGAUGCGCACCCAGGGACGCAUGAAACGCAAUAUUACGGUGGCCAUCAGUUCGGAGGGUUUCUAUCGCACCGGCAUCAUGUGCGACAUUGUGCAGCAUGCCAUGCUCAUACCGGUGCUCACCGGGCACUUGCGGUUCCACAAGUCGCUGGAUCUGCUCGAGGAGAGCAUUGGCUACAAGUUCAAGAAUCGUUAUUUGCUCCAGCUGGCGUUGACCCAUCCAUCGUACAAGGAGAACUACGGCACCAAUCCGGAUCAUGCGCGCAAUUCGCUAACAAAUUGUGGCAUUCGCCAGCCGGAAUAUGGGGAUCGAAAGAUUCACUAUAUGAACACACGCAAACGGGGAAUAAAUACGCUGGUCAGCAUUAUGUCCCGUUUUGGCAAGGAUCACGAGACUUUGUCGAAUAUAACGCACAAUGAACGUUUGGAGUUCCUCGGCGAUGCCGUUGUCGAAUUCCUCAGCUCAAUCCAUUUGUUCUUUAUGUUCCCUGAGCUGGAAGAGGGCGGCCUGGCCACUUAUCGUGCGGCGAUUGUGCAGAAUCAGCACUUGGCACUGCUCGCCAAGAAAUUACAACUCGAGGAGUUCAUGUUGUAUGCCCACGGAUCGGAUUUGUGUCACGAGCUCGAGUUGCGUCAUGCAAUGGCCAAUUGUUUUGAGGCUUUGAUGGGCGCAUUGCUCUUGGAUGGCGGCAUCAAGGUGGCCGAUGAAGUAUUCACCGAUGCACUGUUCCGGCAGGACGAUAAGUUGUUGAAGAUCUGGAAAAAUUUGCCGGAGCAUCCGUUGCAGGAACAGGAACCGUUGGGCGAUCGCAGCUGCAUUGAUUCAUAUCGCGUUCUAAAGGAUCUGACCAAGUUCGAGGAUUCCGUUGGCAUCAAGUUCAAGCAUAUACGUUUGCUGGCGCGUGCCUUCACAGAUCGCUCGAUUGGCUUUACCCAUUUGACGCUGGGCUCCAAUCAGCGGCUGGAGUUUUUGGGUGACACUGUGCUCCAAUUGAUUUGCUCGGAGUAUUUGUAUCGUCACUUUCCGGAACAUCAUGAGGGUCACUUGUCGCUGCUGCGCUCCUCGCUGGUCAACAAUCGGACUCAGGCUGUUGUCUGCGACGAUUUGGGAAUGCCCCAGUACGCUGUCUAUGCCAAUCCCAAGGCGGACUUGAAGACCAAAGAUCGUGCGGAUCUGCUUGAAGCCUUCCUGGGCGCUUUGUAUGUGGACAAGGGACUGCUGUAUUGCGAGCAGUUCUGCCACGUCUGCCUGUUUCCACGUCUGCAGCUGUUCAUCAUGAAUCAGGACUGGAACGAUCCGAAGUCAAAGCUGCAGCAAUGCUGUCUCACAUUGCGUACCAUGGAUGGCGGCGAGCCAGAUAUACCCUACUAUAAGGUAGUGGAAGCCACUGGACCCACAAAUACGCGCGUCUACAAAGUGGCUGUCUAUUUUCGCUCCAAACGUUUGGCCACCGCCAGUGGCUCGUCCAUACAGCAGGCGGAGAUGAAUGCGGCCAAGCAGGCGUUAGAGAACUCACGCGAUUUGUUUCCCCAACUGGACCAUCAGAAACGGGUCAUUGCCAAGAGCAUUAAGAAACAAACCGGUAACGAAAUGGAUACCGAAGCGGAUAGGCCACAUGACGAGCGAGCCAAGAAGCCCAAAUACGCGCCGCCCCUCAAAGAUGAAUCGCAUCUGCCGAAACAAUAUCGCAUGCACGAGAAUAUAUCCAGUGAUGAGUUGCCCGAGGACGAUGAAGAUGACAAUGACAAUACCAACAAAACACUCAGAUCACCAGUUCAUGUCUCAAGGAGUCGGAGUCGGAGUAGCAGCAGCAGCAGCACCAGCAGUGAUAGCGACAGUGCAACUAGCACACCGCCCAAGCAGCAUCCGGAUCUGCUUUACGGCUCAAUAUCACCCGUAUCCUCAUCGUCAUCGGUUUAAUUUGCUUACAACUGCUACUAAUUGCAUAUAAAAAUAAAAUAAGUGCAAAUUUGACUGUUGCUCUUUGAUGUGAUUUGA